CGGGACACUGGCAGGCGUGGUGCCCUUUUAUCAACUGCAGCUGAAAUGUUUAAUUGUGAUGUGAUGGUACUUGGAAUAAGUUGUGAUAAUGAAAACAGUGCUGACAGCUUGUCUCUACUGAAGUUCAUUGUUCUAGUAUCAGCAAGUAACAGCUAGAACUGCUGCUACCCACAGGGCUCAGCAACUACUUGCUUCCCGCUGUAGUUGUCUCUUAUAAUCGCAGUGCACAAAAACGUUACUCUCGCCUUAGCCAGGACCAUUUAUAGGACUAAAGAACACCACAAAAAACCAAACCCAAACCAAAGCCCACCCCCCCAAAAAAAACCCAACAAACCCAACAUCCACCACCAAACUAAAAAAAAAAACGUUGAUAAAACCGUCACGUAAGUAUAAAGGUGGUAUUUUUCAAGAGAAAAAUCAGAGAAGCAGCGGACCAGUGUGAGCAGCGGGAUGGCUCCGCAGCACGCACCGGGGCAGGGGCUGCUGCUGCGGCGUGCGGGGGGUGCGCUCCGCUCUGCUGGGGACGCACGGCUUUGCUGCGGGUUUGCCGCAGGGUUACGGUGGUGGCGGGUCCACCUGGCCACAGCACCCCGCAGGGGCCGGCCGGGAUAGCGGGCAGAUGUUAUCAGCAAGAAAGACGGCUUCAGGGGGAAAGCGGAAACCCUUUAGACGGUUCCACGUUGCAGCCAUAAAAAAAGAAGAGGAAAAGCAACCAGGUGGCGUAUUUAACAUAGACACCUUAACAGACAGUUGCAAGCAAAUCUAAAAGGAAAGCCAAACCUUGCCUGCCUGUGUCACUUUCCCGAGCGCAGUGGGGAAAGGUGCUCUCUGCUGGACGAAAGAAAAAGCUGUUUUGAGGGAGCUGCUGCGCUUUGGGCCAGCUAGGUCCCGGCGCGCUGGACAGCCGAAAGGAGACAGGAGUGCGCUGUCCGGGUCAGCCGGCGGGCAGCGUCGGCGAGACAGGGGGGCUAGCCCCGGCCCCGACCGGCGGCUGGCGGCUCUGUAGCACGCCCGGCUCGGGGCCGCUCCUCGUCCCCCGCGGCGUGGCUGGAGCCGGGCGGGGGGUGCAGCCUGCCGCCACCACCGCCCCCUUAGCGGCGCGGAGCUCCCCGCCGCGCCCCGUCGGGCACCGCCGCCCGCGCGCGGCGGGAGCGCAGGGAAGCCCCGCCCCCGGCCGUUCCCCAGCGGCCCGAUAAAGGCAGGUGCGGGCAGGCAGCGGGACCCCGGCUCGACGCGCCCGCCGAUGCGCAGAGCCCUUGCCCCCCGGACGCUCCGCGCAGAGCGGCCCCCACCUGCCGGUGCAGAGCCCGCGGUGGCGGGGCAGGGUCGCCGCCGACUGGACGCGCCGCUGCCCGCGCCCCCCGGCCGCCGGGCUGCGGGGUGACCGGGAGCUCGCCGCUCCGGACCUCCGCAGAGGCGGGAUUUCUGCGGGAAGGGGGCGCGGGGUUUCGCAGCGUGGCUCGGCGAUGAGGCAGGUGUCUGUAGUGGGGCUCCUCCUGGGGCUAGCGGCUCUCCCAGCGGCGCUGGGACAGAGGAGCUCGGGCAGCCCUAUAAAUAGCAGCCAGCCUCAGAGCUUUGCUAUCGUCUCGUUCAAAUGGGAUCACGUCAAGGACCCUUACAUCAUUACGCUCUGGAUACUUGUGGCCAGCUUGGCCAAAAUCGUUUUCCACUUGUCCCACAAAGUCACUCGUGUGGUUCCAGAGAGUGCUCUACUGAUUGUUCUUGGUCUCUUCCUUGGUGGCAUUGUAUGGGCUGCAGAUCACAUUGCCUCCUUUGCCCUUACACCAACUGUAUUUUUUUUCUAUCUGCUGCCCCCCAUUGUUUUGGAUGCUGGAUAUUUUAUGCCAAAUAGAUUGUUCUUUGGAAAUCUUGGUUCCAUUCUUUUGUAUGCUGUCAUCGGAACAGUCUGGAAUGCUGCCACAACUGGUUUAUCUCUCUACGGUGUCUAUCGGACAGGAAUAAUGGGUCACCUGAAAACUGGACUGCUGGACUUCCUCCUGUUUGGCAGCUUGAUUGCCGCUGUGGAUCCUGUAGCUGUUCUGGCAGUGUUUGAAGAAGUCCAUGUCAAUGAAGUUCUGUUCAUCAUUGUUUUUGGAGAAUCGCUUCUGAAUGAUGCUGUAACUGUGGUGCUGUACAAUGUGUUUGAAACUUUUGUUACAAUAGGCCCAGAGAAUGUGACGGGGAUUGAAUGUGUCAAAGGCAUAGUGUCAUUCUUCGUGGUGAGCCUGGGUGGGACACUGGUUGGCAUUUUCUUUGCAUUCUUGCUCUCACUGGUCAGUCGUUUCACCAAGCACGUGAGAAUCAUUGAACCUGGAUUUGUAUUUAUCGUUUCCUACCUGUCCUACCUCACGGCAGAGAUGCUUUCUCUUUCCGCUAUCCUUGCGAUAACCUUCUGUGGCAUCUGCUGUCAGAAGUAUGUCAAGGCUAACAUAUCUGAACAAUCUUCUACAACUGUAAGAUACACCAUGAAAAUGAUGGCCAGUGGAGCAGAAACUAUCAUCUUCAUGUUCCUGGGAAUUUCAGCUGUGAAUCCAGACAUCUGGACUUGGAAUACAGCAUUUAUUGUGUUAACUCUGGUCUUCAUCUCAGUAUAUAGAGUUAUUGGUGUAGUUUUACAGACAUGGAUUCUUAACCACUACAGAAUGGUCCAGUUGGAGAUAAUAGACCAGGUGGUGAUGUCGUAUGGUGGACUACGUGGAGCGGUUGCUUUUGCUCUGGUUGUACUUCUGGAUGUGAACAAAGUGAAAGAGAAAAACCUGUUUGUCAGCACAACUAUCAUUGUUGUGUUUUUUACUGUUAUUUUCCAGGGACUGACUAUAAAGCCUUUGGUACAGUGGCUGAAAGUGAAGAAAACUGAACACAGAGAGCCAAAACUGAAUGAGAAGCUUCAUGGCAGAGCCUUUGAUCACAUUCUUUCUGCUAUAGAAGACAUUUCUGGACAAAUAGGACAUAAUUAUCUGAGAGACAAGUGGUCCAAUUUUGAUAGGAAAUUCCUCAGUAAAGUACUGAUGAGAAGGUCUGCUCAAAAAUCAAGAGACCAGAUCCUUAAUGUUUUCCAUGAGCUCAACUUGAAGGAUGCAAUUAGCUAUGUGGCUGAGGGAGAACGUAGGGGUUCCUUGGCAUUUAUACGUUCGCCAAGUACGGACAACAUGGUAAAUGUGGAUUUCAGCACCCCACGCCCAAGUACUGUGGAAAGCUCUGUUUCUUACUUACUGAGAGAAAAAGCUGGACCAGUUUGCCUUGACAUGCAAGCUUUAGAGCAGAGGAGGAAAAGUAUUCGGGACACAGAAGACACAGUUGCUCAUCACACCCUACAACAGUACCUGUAUAAACCCAGGCAGGAGCACAAACACCUGUACAGUCGACAUGAGAUCAUGCACAGUGAAGAUGAGAAACAAGACAAGGAGAUUUUCCAUAGAACAAUGAGGAAGCGCUUAGAAUCUUUCAAGAGUACCAAACUAGGAAUAAACCAUUCCAAGAAGCUCAAUAAAAUCCACAAGCGAGACCGGGGCCAAAAAAGGCGAAACAGCAGUGUCAUACCAAAUGGAAAAAUACCUUCAGAAAAUCCAGUACAAGAUUUUACUUUGAAGGAAAAAGAUUUGGAGUUCUCUGAAUCAGAAGAAAAUAACGAUUACGAAACUUUGCAUCUAGGCAAAGGAGUCGAUUUCCUGGCUGAUGUGACGAAGCAAAAUUUCACAGAUACUCCCACUGGAAUUGACAACCCAGUAUUUUCAGCUGAUGACGAUCAAAGCAUCUACAUGAAGUUCUCACCAUGGUUGUCUAGUGAAGAUACUGUGGUACCAUCACAAAGGGCCCGAGUGCAGAUCCCAUAUUCUCCAAACAACUUCAGACGGCUUGCUCCAUUCCGGCUCAGCAAUAAAUCAAUAGAUUCCUUCCUGCUAGCAGAUGGCCCAGAGGACCGACCCAGAUCUUUUCUCCCAGAAUCAACACAGAUGUAAUAUUUUAAAAGACACCACCUUUCUUUUCAAUCAGCCUUCUUAUCAGCCCUGACUGCUGACAAGUAAACUUACUUUUCUGAGGGUUUUCUUCUCUUUCCUUCUUGAUUCCUUCCUACAACUAAGUAUCUUCUGUUUUCCUCCAGCUUGAAUAACAAACAUAUUUCUAUUUUCUUUCUGUAGAAGAGCUGUCCAACUAUCUGAGGUCCAAUGCCUUGCUAUUUUUACAGCAGAUGAGGGUCCUGCUUUGUUUUGGCUUGAAUACUUUAAAUGCCAAGAAAAUAAUAUUCCAAAUAUCAGAAUAUUGUGCAUCCAUUUUCAAGAGGCUCCAGGUUUCUUGGUUAGGCAGUUCUAGAUGAUAAAAUUGGUAUCUGAAUUCCCUAACAGGAAUCAGGUAAUUGUGAUUCAACCCCCCUAAACAGUCUUUCCAAGUAAUGUUGUUGCUACUGCAUGCAUAUGUAAGCAAAGUGGUCUGAAGCCCCAGAAGGACAAUCUAGUUGCUAAUACCAAGGGAUAUGGUUUGCCCAUAGAGCUCAGAUGAGUCAGUUAACCCAUUGGACUCUAUAGCCUUCAGACCUACAACAGAAGCGGUGGGGCUAAACCAGCAAUGAGCUGGGCUGAGUGUCUCAUUCUUAGCAUGCUUAAAAUAUAAUUUUUGACCCUGUUGCUAAGAAGCCUUGAGUCAGUUCUGAACAUUUCUCCAGGUUAUUUAUCCAAUGCCCAGGAAGGUAAAAUGGUCCCACUGCUGCAGCAUAAGUACUCAAUGACACUGUUGAUGUCAUCACUAAAUUACAUAAGAAGGAGUUUAAAAAUGAAGCAUGUUUACUAGAAUGCAUCAGAGUUCGCUUGCACAGGUAGAGAUAAUUACAUAACAGCCAGUCUGUGGAGAAGCAGAAUUCCAGUUUUGGUUAGAGCUUUAUCCUUAAACUGUGAGUUUAUCUUACUCCAUACCUUAUUUUGAAACCUGAGAAAUGCUUAGCUUUCUGAUGCAAUAAAUAACUUGUUGCUAGAGGCUUAAAAUUAAAUUGACUCUGGGCUUAAAUUAAUAUCCUAGUUGCCCUUUAAUUCUUGCUUUGUGGAAGUUUUCCAUACACUGAAAAGCAGCCUUCACUUCCACAAUCAACAUAGUGAGUGCUGUAAAUGAGGUGGGUCAGGUCACAAUUCAGACAUCAUGACUGAAGGGAACAUAGGGCCCUGCAGGGAUCAUGCAAUGAAAUGCAAGUCAGUUUCAUCAUGAAUUCACUUUUGUGGAAUUCAUGAUCACAAAUUUAUGACCUAGUAUCCUCUGUGCAUUGAUAAAUUCCGAUGUCCUGAUUAAAGACUUGAACAAUGAGCAGCAUUCCAAAAGGAAAACUUCUCCUUGACACUUAUCCACAUUAAAAUUCUAUUCACUUUUUUUUUCCCGCCGGAGAACAUUGCUAUAAAAUAUUGGCAUGUGACUUGCUGAACAUUUUAUUGUUAACCUUUCUUCUUUUCCUCUAUUCUAUUUACUUAUUUAUAAUUGAUUUUAUUAUUAGGAACUGC